UUAAAGUUUCAAGUGUCAAAAUUUCGCGCCAAUACCAACCAAAUUGCAUUUCUAUUUAAUAACAGUCAAAUAUAUAAUACAUAAUAAGUGUUAAUUUUGAAUGCAUAUUUAACUGACUUAAAGAAGAUGUCGACUCCUUCAAAGCGUCCAUCUUCUCGUGCAUCAUCUGAUGCACCUACUCCAUCUCGACGAACUAGAUCUUCUCAACAACUUGUUGUACCCGAAACUCCUCAACGAUCAACCGGUACACCUUCAAAAGAUGGAACUCCUGGUACUCCUGGUACUCCUCGUCAAACUCCACGAACUCCUAAUCAACAAGCUCCAGGUACCUCGCCAGCUCGAGCGCUGCCAUCCAGCCCACUUGGAACUGACAUAGAUAUGAGUUCCCCCCUCAACUAUGGAACACCAAGCUCAUUAAGCACUCCACGUUCCUUACUGCGAGGAGCAAUGACUCCGGCGAGACAGAGAGCUGAUCUGAGAGGUCAUCAAUCAGGACCAAAUGUACCAGCCCCUACUCCUACAAGGAGGGUAGAAGCAGGUGAACCAGAAGUAUCAAGUGAACCUCAAUUAGUAGUGUGGGGUACCGACGUAGCGAUCGCUGAAUGUAGGGAGAAGUUCAUUAAAUUCAUACAAAGAUUUGUUGAACCAACUGCACUAACUAAUGAACCUUUAUAUGAACUGAAGUUAGAGGAAAUUUUCACAUUAGAGGAACCAUUUUUGGAUGUUGACUGUGAUCAUGUAAAGAUAUUUGAUUCAAAACUACAUAGGCAACUUGUGUGCUAUCCCCAGGAAGUGAUCCCGGCAUUUGAUGCUGCUGUAAAUGAGCUGUUUUUUGAAAAAUAUCCUGCAGCCGUUUUGGAACAUCAAAUACAAGUUCGACCCUUCAAUGCCCCUCAGAGACAUAUGAGAGAUCUAAAUCCAGAAGAUAUCGAUCAGCUGGUGACGAUAUCAGGAAUGGUGAUCCGCACGUCGGGCAUCGUGCCGGAGAUGCGCGAGGCGUACUUCCGGUGCGCGGUGUGCGGCGCGGCGGCGGCGGGCGAGCUGGAGCGCGGCCGCGUGCCCGAGCCGGCGCACUGCGCGCACUGCACCACGCAGCACAGCUUCCAGCUCAUACACAACCGCUCGCACUUCAGUGACAAGCAGCUCGUCAAGCUGCAGGAGGCCCCAGACGACAUGCCGGCGGGGCGCACGCCGGCCACGGUGAGCGUGCUGGCGCACGGCGCGCUGGUGGAGCAGGUGGGCGCGGGCGAGCGCGUGGCCGUGACGGGCGUGUUCCGCGCCGCGCCCGCCGCCGUCAACCCGCGCCGCGCCACGCUCAAGGCGCUGCACCGCACGCACCUCGACGCGCUGCACUACAAGAAGGCGCACAACGAUCGCUUCCUGGAAACCGAGGAAGGCAAAGAACAUCAGUUUCCUCCGGAACGUGUAGAGUUGUUCAAGGCACUGGCGUCUCAGCCAGAUUGUUACGAAAGACUCGCCCGUGCCAUAGCACCUUCGAUUUACGAAAACCUUGAUAUUAAGAAAGGUGUACUGCUGCAACUUCUCGGUGGUACUAAAAAAAAUUUCAAUGCCGCUGGAAGGACACAUUUCAGGUCGGAGAUCAAUAUCCUCCUGUGCGGCGACCCGGGCACGAGCAAGUCGCAGCUGCUGCGCUGGGUGCACGCGCUGGUGCCGCGCGCGCAGUACACGUCCGGCCGCGGCUCGUCCGCCGUCGGCCUCACCGCCUACGUCACCAAGGACCCCGACACGCGCCAGCUGGUCCUCCAAACGGGUGCGUUAGUUUUAGCUGAUAAUGGUAUAUGCUGUAUUGAUGAGUUUGACAAGAUGAAUGACUCCACUCGAAGUGUACUUCAUGAAGUGAUGGAGCAGCAAACUCUAUCAAUAGCAAAGGCGGGUAUCAUCUGUCAACUCAACGCGCGAACGUCGAUACUAGCCGCCGCCAACCCCGCUGAGUCGCAAUGGAAUAAAAACAAAACUAUUGUUGAAAAUGUACAACUACCCCACACACUCAUGUCCAGAUUCGACUUAAUAUUCUUAGUGUUAGACCCACAAGAUGAAAUUUUUGACAGAAGACUCGCGUCCCAUCUUGUAUCGUUGUACUACAAGGAUCCAACCGAAACUCAGGAAGAUGAUGAUGCUGUUAACAUGAGUCUAAUGCGCGACUACAUCGCGUUCGCCAAGGAGCACGUGCAGCCCACACUCAGCGAGCCCGCGCAGCAGAGACUCAUCGACGCGUACGUGGACAUGAGAAGAGUUGGUAGUGGGCGAGGGCAGAUAUCUGCAUAUCCGAGACAGCUAGAGUCUCUCAUACGGUUAGCGGAGGCGCACGCGAGGGUGCGACUGUGUCCUGUAGUCGAAAUCAUAGAUGUGGAUGAAGCGGCUAGACUGCACCGCGAGGCGCUGAAGCAGUCGGCCACGGACCCGGCGUCGGGGCGCAUCGACGUGGGCAUCCUCACGACGGGGCUGGGCGCGGCGGCGCGGCGGCGGCGCGCGGAGCUGGGCGCGGCGCUGCGCGCGCUGCUGGAGCCCGUGCGCCGCCCCGCCACGCUCACGCACGCGCGCCUGCUGCAGGACGUCAAUACCAACUCGCAGAUCACGGUAACACGGGAACAAUUAGAUGAAGCACUCCGCGAUUUGCAGGACGAAGGAAAAGUCGUAAUCGUCAGUCACACACAUGUACGAAUUUGUUAAUAGAAAAUGUCAAAAAAAACUAUUCCGUAAGAACGAACUCAAAACUUGAGGUAUAACUCGAAAGUGUGAGAUAUGCGACAGAGCAUAUAACACGUAACAGUCAGGAUACACACAUUAACUGAUUAAAGAUUUAUAAUAUAGAGGGGGAGAAGUCACCACUUAUUGGGCCCAAAAAACAAAAAUUCUUAGAAUUCAUGGUUUGAAAUGAUUUUAAAUUUUGAAACUGCAUUAAACAAUAUAGACAAAAAAAAGGGAAAUAAUGUAAGCAAAGUUAAAUUCAUUAUUUUAUUUUAAAUAACCCCACAUUGUGGUAGAAAACAUAUCUAUUUGGAAGUUAGGGAACGGUAAAAGGACCCAGACUGGGUUUAUCCUGCCCUGACUACAAGUGCCUAUAGGCGACGGUGACCACAUAUAAUCAGGUUACACAAUUUUACUUACGGGUAUCGAUUCGAUUCUUACUGAAUUAGCCUUGUUGAACCAGACUACGGAAGUUAUGUCCGCCUUCUUUUAUUGUUCAUGGUGUUUCAUAGUUCUUAAGUUACUUUAAGUCAAUAUUGAUUUUUUAUUUUGUUUACAUUAAAUGUGUUAAAAAUGUGUUUUCGAUUUGUAAUAAUAUGUUAAAGUAAAUAAAUCGAAAAUUUAAAGCAUUUAGGAUUAUUUUUACUUCGCUAUAAUUAUUGUGCUGUCUGGAAACAGUCAUUAGCUUUGUUUAUGUAUAUGUAGACAGACUGUCAAACUAGAUAUAUAAAUAAUCUAAGGUCCUCAGUAAUAAAAUUAUUUUUGUCAUU